CGCGAUAAUCUCGAUAACUCUUUCGAGUCUCUAGACUCCUCCGUCGGUGGAUGCAAUAUCAAAAUGACAUGCCGUGUUGAACAAGUAGGACAAAAUGCGUGGUACAUUGAUUGCAGAGAUUCAUUCAUAACGAAGCAGGACAAGUACCGAUGGGCGGAGCCAUUUCUUCUCUAUCGAGAGGACAGCCGUUUCACACACAACACCACCGCUUCGUACAAAUUACACGAGACUGUUCCGGAUUACUUCAGCGGUGCUGUAUUGCAAAGACAUCAUUUGAUUGACUCUAAUCCUGGUGUCGUCACGUUGAAGUUCCAAGUGGCCUUCAAUUUAGCCGUUGUGUGGUUGAUUGUAUUUGUUUCACUGAGUAAAGGACUGAAAUCUUACGGAAAAGUUGUAUACGUUUUCACACUAGCGCCCGUGUUCGGCACGUUAGUCCUUUGCGCGAAACUGAUCGGACUCCUUCCGGGCUCGUUCCACCAACUUUUCCCUGCCACUGUUUGGAGCGAAUUCUUUAUUAAUGGGAAGUCAUGGGUGGCUGCCUCGAACGAGGUUUUCCUCACAUGGGGUUUACUCGGUGCAGCCGCUAUGCAGAUAGCGGCUCAUAACAAGCACAAGCAUCUCCUACAGCGCGAUACAAGUGUCGUGGUAAUCUUGACGUUCCUGGUCCUCUUUCUCACGGCUUUUCUUGCGAAUACCUGCGUACAAAUCCUCAGGCUUCACGGCUACAUCUACACUACUAGUUCUUUCGAGAGAAUAUCAGGGUAUACGUUUAUGAGGCUUACCAAUGAUCCAGCGCCACCAGGAUAUGGUAUCACGCCAGAGAGAUUCAUGUCUCACGCAUCGUUUCUUCUUGGACAACGCGUAAUACGACCUGGCGUGGACACAAGUGUCGAGUCCGGAUACCAGGUGUUACGGUUAGCCACUGAAUUGAUGCCUUCGACACUGGCAUUGUUAGGCACUGAACAGGUGUCGCCGUUCUGGGCAGUCCUGUUUUAUUUCAUUCUCAUUUUAUUUGGAAUCGCACAACAGCUGGCGAUCUGGCAUUGUGUAAUAACUGGUAUAAUGGCGAUCAAUACGAAAAUGAUGAAGCUCUGGGAGACCACGAUCACGUUUUUUAGCUGCGCUUGUGGUUACGUACUCGGAUUACCUAUGGCUACGGAGAAAUAUUUAACGGAGCAUAUAACACAUUGCGCGGCAGUCUUGGAGGAAUGUCCGAACAAAUGCGGGGUUUAUGUUCCUCGCAGGAACCUAGAAGUACACGAGAAAAUAUGCAACAAGGGAACAUCGAUGAGAAACAGUCAAAUAAGGGAUAUCCAAGAUUCGGUGUGGAAAGAAAAAGUAUUCUCGGUACUGACGUUGUUGCGUUUAGCUAUCGAUCAGGGGGAAAAAGAGCGGAUUCGUUUGCAGGAUGAUCUCUCUAGAAAUUUAAGUCUACUACAUUCUCAACAGGAAUCUUUCGCCGCAUUGCAAUUGAAUAUCGAGGAAGCGGUCAAAGAAUUUCGCAGUAACCACACAGCAUUGAAUCGAAGGUUGAAUACUCUGGAGAUGAUCACCGACGAUAUGCAGCAUUGCACUACCUUGAAUUUACGACAAAUCUCUGAGCAGCUAAAAUUAUUGGAGGGAGAAUUGACUGACGAACAAGGCAAACACGUGUGCACGCCAAACGAUUGGUUCCAGGAAUUGAAAGACGUGAAGACGUUCGUCGCUAAGGAGAGCGUACGCGCGAGCGAUAUAUGGCAGGAACAUUCGCAACGUAUCAACGAUUUGAAAUUGGAAUUGGAAAUGAGGUGUAAGAAUAUGAAAGAAGUAAUAUCCAAACAUGAUAUUUUAUCAGAAAAGGUGAAUAGCUUGUCGAAAGAAAUCUGUAAACACGCCGAGAGCGUGGCCAAACGAAAAUCGGAGAUAAAAGGUCUAAAGUUUCAAAUGAAGGAGAAUCUGAAAUAUAUCGAAGAGCUAAUAGCAGAGAACUGUAGACCGGAACCAUCGUUGAGUUUAUGUUCCUGCGAAGGUGUGGAGAGUGCCUCAACGAAUGGCCAUAUUAUAUGGCGAAUCGAUCGUUACAAAGAAAAUAUGAACGAGGCAAAGGAAAGCGAUCGCGCGCUCUAUAGUCCGAUAUUUCACAACAAGGAAUAUGGUUACACUCUGAGAAUGGAAUUGUUUCUAAACGGUAGAGGACAGUGGAAGGAUCGUCACAUUAUCGGAUGUUUGCGCGUAGAGAAUGGAAAGUGGGAUCCCUUACUGGAUUGGCCCUGCAUUCUUAGAGCUGUCGUAAAUCUACGAGACCAAGAUAAUCCUGCAAACGAUGUUAGGAAAAUCGUGAAGACCGUGGGCCGAGAUAAAGAUGUCUCGGAUCCCGAUAAGGAAUCUGGACUGUAUAUGUUUAUUCCCCAUACUACAUUGAGCAGAUAUUCCGGUUAUACCAAAAAUAACGUUAUAUUUUUGGAUAUACAAGUGAAGGAUAUAAAGACGAGUUUGGGUAUUUAUGUCGUGUACUAUCUCGAUUACACCGUCGGCGGGGCAUGGUGGAUAAUAUUUUUGUAUCUAAUACAAAUCGUCGCUCUGUUCGCGAUCCGCGGGCGGCCGCACUCCGGCGAGGCAGUCGUCGCCGAGUUAUUCCCACCAAGUGGACGAUAUCUCAAGUACUGGGUCGCCCCUCUCCUCUCCUUCACGUGGACCGUUGUUCUCCCCCUUACUUUGGUGGCUCUGAGUAUUAUAGUUUUCAAGAGCGGUGACUUCUGGGAACUGUAUUCUUAUCGUCGCACGAGCAAAGAUUACUGGGUUGUGUGGGCGAGGCAACUUGGAACGGCGAUUCAACUGACACCGAUACUCAUAAUACCGGUAGUGUCUGCCAUACAAGCGUGUCGAUACUUGAAUAACGGACCACCCGAUAUAUUCGAUAGAAUUCAAUUGCUUUGUCGACCGAUGGAUCCAGAAGAUCCUCGCGACGCUCAGACUCAAAUUGGAAACGACACCAGCACCAGCUUGCACGGAAACGGAAUCUUACCCACCGCAACCACGGAGAUACCUUUCGAGGAUCCGCCGCCGAAGUACACACCUCCGCCUAGCUAUACUACAGCGACCGGAGCACGGAUCGCGAAGAUGCUGCGGCAGAGCUUCCGGCGAAGCGUGCGGAGGAUCGCGAACGUGUUGGGAGAGAGCAGCGCGCCGCGACAGAGGCCGGCGUUGCAGCCACCGCCUCCUGAUUAUGCGACCGUCCUGGUGGAGAUGAACCAGAGCGGCGCGCCGAUGUCGCACGAUCACGUCGCAAUCCACGUGUUGUCGGAACCGCGGCCGGAUGUGACGAAUACUGGCGAUAGCCGGCACGGCAUGGACGUGUCGGCGAUCGAGCGUCGUCAUCGGCCGAACACCAUCGACCGCGCCAGCAAGAUCGGCAUCGCGAACAGAUCGCGCACAAUCGAACGCACUCACUCGACGAUCGACCGUGGUCGCCGGCCGUGUGCGAACGCUGCCACGAACACCCUGUCCGGUUCGAACUUAACGGCCGCCGACGUGGCGAAUCUGCUUCGUAGCAGUAUACGCAGGGGCACCGCGAGGACGCAGCAUUCCUUACGUAGGAGCUUCUGCCACGAGGUACCGACGACGGCGGCGUCCGUCGAAAAUCUAGUCGAAGCCGCUGCACCUAUCGGCGAGGACUCCUUGAUCUUAUCGAAGGACGCGCCUCUAGUCCCUGAUGAACAGGUCGGCGACCACAAUCGCCGCGACGGCGACGAUCACGACGAUGGCAACGACAGUGAGGAGAAAAAGACUGCAAGCGAAAUGGAAAGUUCCGUUUCUGUGAUAUAGACUGAUACAUCGGUUUGCACGAAAUCGGCAUUUCGGGUCGGGUGACACCAGCGAUUGACUUAAUGAUUCGUUGCCCCUCUCUCUUUAAGCUGUAAUAUCUACUUGUAAUAUAUAGAUGGAGAGAAGACUUUGUUAACCAUAAUCGACGUCGACAUCGACGCGAUUUGCUCACAGCCUCCAAGUGCUUGAACUCCCUCGAGAUUAAGAUGUUUUGUUCCCGAGCCCGAGCAAUUGCACGCGCAUGUUACUACUCCGAAGUAUUUUUGUGUUC